CUGGAGAUGAAGGGCCUCUUCAUGCUGGCUUGGCUCCUGGCUUGCAGUGUGCCUGCUGUCCCAGGGAGCUUGCUGGACCUGAAGUCGAUGAUUGAGAAGGUGACUGGAAAGCCCGCCCUGAAGAGCUAUGGCUUCUACGGCUGUCACUGUGGCUGGGGGGGCCGCGGCUCCCCCAAGGAUGGGACUGAUUGGUGCUGUUGGAAGCAUGACCGCUGCUACGCCCAGCUGGAGACACAAGACUGCGACGUCUUGACACAGGCCUACAGAUACAGGGUUGCAUGGGGCUUCGUCAUCUGCGAACACGGGUCCCGCUGCCAGCGGCAGCUCUGCGCCUGCGAUCAGGAAUUCGUCUACUGCCUGAAAAGAAACAUGAGGAGCUACAACCCUCUUUAUCAGUACUUUCCCAACUUCCUCUGCACCUAG